GUAGUUGCACUUCAGAGAACCGCAGUAAGCAAAUAUGGCGGCGGCCGUCGACAGUGUUGUUAAAGUGCUGGGAGAGCAGUAUUACAGAGAUGCCAUGGAACAGUGUCACAGCUACAAUGCUCGUCUCUGUGCUGAGCGCAGCAUCCUCAUGCCUUUCCUAGACUCCCAGACUGGUGUCGCACAGUCAAACUGUUACAUUUGGAUGGAAAAGCGACACCGGAGCGCAGGUUUAGCUCCAGGGCAGCUUUACUCGUAUCCAGCCCGCCGCUGGAGAAAGAAACGGCGUUCACAUCCCCCUGAGGACCCCCGCUUGGCCUUCCCACCUCUCAAAGCAGCAGAUUUAGAGUUGGGUCUUAAGCGUGAUGCCUUGGGAGCCGUGGAUGGCAGCAGCUUGGAAGCCCUGCUAAAAGGGGAGCCUCUUGAAAGGAGGACAGGUGUGUCGGAAAUCCGUGGCCCUGAGGAUGAUUCAGCCACUGUGGAGCCUCCUGCUACAUCAACAGUUACUCAUACAUCUUCUGGACGCAUCCGUAAGCAGAGAGUCCUCGACCAUGACGACUACCUGGACGAUCUGGAUGAUGAAGACUUUGAAGAUGAGACCCCUAAGAGACGAGGCAAGAGCAAGUCUAAGGGCCGCAGUGACAAAAAUGGCAAGAAGAAAACGGAGGCUGCAGCGGCAGCCCUUGAGGAGCGGGACAAACCGUACGCCUGCGACAUCUGCGGAAAACGCUACAAGAACCGCCCAGGCCUGAGCUACCACUAUACACACUCUCACCUGGCAGAGGAGGAGGGCGAGGACCGAGAGGAGAUUGAGGCACCACCCACUCCUCGCCAGCCUGAGGAGCAGAAGACAACAAAGAAGGGUCCCAACGGACUGGCACUGCCAAACGAUUACUGUGACUUCUGUCUGGGAGACUCUACCUUAAAUCAAAAGACUGGCCAAUCAGAAGAGCUGGUAUCCUGUUCAGACUGCGGGCGCUCGGGCCACCCUACGUGCCUGCAGUUCACGCCGGUGAUGAUGGCCGCAGUGAAGACCUACCGCUGGCAGUGCAUCGAGUGCAAGUGCUGCAAUGUUUGUGGCACCUCGGAGAACGAUGACCAGCUGCUGUUCUGUGACGACUGUGACCGAGGCUACCACAUGUACUGUCUAACUCCACCCAUGACCGAACCACCAGAGGGGAGCUGGAGCUGCCACCUGUGCCUGGCUCUGCUGAAGGACAAAGCCUCCAUAUACCAGCAGAACCAAAGCUCUGCCCCCGAGUGACCACCCCCCCCCCGCCAACCCCACC